AGCUUUUACUCAUUGCGGUUCCCUCUAACGCUAUCACAUGCAGCUCUAAGGAAUAAAACAAAAAAACAACCUAGCCCUAGCCUAACAUCUUCCUGUAGACAUACAUGUGCGAGAGCAUGUGAAUAUCUCUCCUCCCCUUUCUCUCUCUCAAUUCAUCUCCUCUCCAUCCACUCUGCGCGAAGUGCAUCGGCUGAACCUGCUCUCACAGGGUCACUUUUGAUCUUCUCCUGCCAGGAAGCAUUAUUAAUGUGCAUGACACCCUCUUCACGUCUGAGGAACUCAGCUGUGCCACUUUUCUCAGAGGUCACGCGGGCCUGGAGCUGGACUUGAGGCGGUUCUGGGACUGAGGUUGUAAAGUUACACUGCUGGGAUUGGGUGGACACCCUUCUCUGGUUGGAGCUGGUGGAGAACAAUUCAUAAUUCGUUGUGUUGAUUCGCAGAUUAUGAUGAACGCAACAUACAACACAAGCAACUCAUCAUGUGUGAUCAUGACCCAGGCAGCAGGUCACCUGCUGAUAUCUAUCUACAUCAUUGCCUUCAUCUUGGGGCUGCUGUUCAACCUGAUCACCAUCGGGCCCAUAAUUCAGCAGAUCUGCAGAAGGAACGUUCUAGGGAUCUACCUGCUCAGUUUGUCCUUCUCGGAUCUCCUGUACAUCCUCACCAUGCCUCUGUGGGUCUAUUAUUUUAACAACAACCACAAAUGGAACCUCGGCCAAGGACUCUGUAGUCUGGCUGGUUUCUUUUACUACUCCAACCUGUACAUCAGCAUCUAUCUCCUCUGCUGUAUCUCCAUCGAUCGCUGCCUGGCCAUCACCUUCCCGCUGAGAGUCCAAGUCUUCCGCCAGCAGCACUAUGCCUGGAUCAUCUGUGGGCUGGUCUAUGUUUUCGUCAUGGCCUUGCACUCUUUGGUGCUGUACCUGGACAAGUUAUCGGAUCCACUGGAUGACACUGAGCAAACAUGCUACGAGACCUUCCCCAUGACAGAACGCAUUGCGAUGUUCAACCUGAUACGGGUCGGAAUUGGUUUCCUCUUGCCUCUGGUGGUCAUCUCCGUCUGCUACUGGUUGAUCCCAACUAAGGUGCAGCAAAGCAGAGGGGUGGACGAUCAAGGCAAGCGCAAAGUGAAGCUUCUGUCUAUGGGUGUCAUUGGCAUUUUCUCCUUCUGCUUUGCGCCAUACCAUAUCCUCCUGAUGGUGAGGUCCAUCGCCUUCUUUUAUUUGGGAGAUAAACAAACCUGCAGUUUUGAACAAGCAAUGUAUUUGCCCUUCACUUGCUCCCUCGCGCUAUCCAGCCUGAACAGCGUGGUGGACCCAGUGCUCUAUGUUUUGGCCAGUAAUGGAGUAAGGGAAGAUAUGAAGUUGUUCUGUUGGAAAAACAAGCAGACACAGGUGAGAGGAAGCCAUCUUGUUGAUUCCCAAUGGAAGACAAGAGUAACCAACUUGGGUUAAAACCAACCUCAGAUCUUUGAAAACAGACUUGCAUUUGAUAGCGUACACACUGUUUUUGAACCCAUUCAGGAAUUUCACAAAUCAGUGACUAGCACAAACUCGCCCAAAUUGUUUGCGUUGACAGCAUGGGCACAAUCUUGUGGAUGUGUUCAUGUUGUUAAGUUGUGGAGGGUCCGGCAGGCUUUACAAUCUGGCAUGCUCCAGCACUGUGAUCCAGACACCUGAACUAACUUUUUGACAAAUAACUGCCAACGUGACUGCAAACCGCUUGCUUUUCUGCAGGUGGUAAUAGGCAAAUUGCACCAAGUUUUGUGAGUAAAGCGUAUCUACUGUAUAAUAAGCUUAAUUUACAUAGAAAACAAUGACUUGUACUGACAAUACUGAUGCUGCAGCACUUUUUAUUGCAUAUAGAGCCUAGUUAAACUGGAUUGUGGCUGUUUGAGAUGCUGUUUUUGUGCCGAAAUACUGUGUAUUUCAAAAGUUAUUGUUUAGUGAAUUAGCCACUGUAUGACAGUCUCUAGUCAAGCCCAAUUCAUUUGUCCAAGUCAUGACAAAGACCAGAAGAGGGUCAAAUCCAAGUCAAGGACAAGUUCACACGCUCCUGAGUUCAUGACCAAGACCAUGAAAAUAUGCUUUUAGUCUGAGUCUAAGACCAUAUUUUUAUGGUUUUGCCCUUGUUCCUCAAAUCCGAGUCCAAGGCUAUGUUUUUAUGGUUUUGGUAUUGGUCUUGGUCCUCAGGUACGAGUCCAAGACCAUAUUUUUGGCA